CAUCAUUCCUUAACUCGACAUAAUUCUCACUUAGUUGUUCACUUGUCAACUCCCAUCAAUUUUAUGCUAUUUCUGUCUUCUGAAGUGUUUCUGUUUUUAUAAACAAGUUUGAUUAUGGGAUUACGAAUAAACCCACCAAUUUUUUUAUCAAAUUGGUCAAUUAUCAAGCUUUAAUUGAAACGGCAGUUUUUUCUCGACAUCUGAGGUUGGCAUACAAAACACCAAGCCAGUAACUCGUAAUGCCCGGAGUGACACAAUCACAGUACUGCCAGAUUCUUUGUCUUGAAUAAAAAUGGCGGCUGCUGUGUAUUCACAUUUUGUGAGUUUGUAGAGAUAGUCAAAACAAUGGGUUCCAAUGAGGAAUGGGAAGUAGAAAAUGGAAUGUUCAUUGACUCGAGCGAUGAGCCAAGACUAAUAAAGACAGCACAUAAUUUAUCAUCUUCAUCUCUUAGGAAAAAGUCUGAUCGGAUCAUGAGAUUGAACAUCAGCCCUCCUCUGUUGCUCAGUAGAGUACUGAUUAAUCUUCAAGAGGUUAUUCUUGGAACGAAAAUUUGUUUUCUCUUUGUGGCCAUUCCUCUUGCCAUUGUUGCCCAAUAUCACAGUUUUGGAAGACCAUGGAUCUUCGCUUUAAGUUUACUUGGAUUAGCACCAUUAGCGGAAAGAGUUAGUUUUCUUGCCGAGCAAAUCGCAUAUUAUACUGGCCCAACAGUUGGGGGCCUGCUAAAUGCUACUUGUGGGAAUGCAACCGAACUUAUUAUAGCUAUAUUCACACUCCGUCAAAGAAAGAUUGUUGUGCUAAAGUACUCUCUUUUGGGAUCAAUUCUUUCGAACCUUCUUCUCGUUCUCGGUUCUUCGUUGUUUAUUGGUGGUUUGGCCAACCUUAGCAAGGAGCAAAAAUUUAACCGUAAUCAAGCUGAUGUAAAUGUGCUACUUCUCUUGCUUGGAGUCCUUUGUCAUGCACUUCCAUUGCUUUCCCUGUAUUCCGAGGAGACUGCUGGGACGACAACGCCUGCCAACUCCAUACUCUUGCUGUCAAGAGUGAGCAGCAUUGUCCUGCUCGUGGCUUAUUUCGGGUACCUGUUAUUUCAAUUGUUGACUCAUCAGCAGUUGUUUGAUUCAGGCGAGGAAGGGGAUGAAUAUAGGGAAAACGAAAAGGCUGCGAUUGGAUUUUGGAGUGCUUUUAUCUGGUUGGUGGGCAUGACGGCUGUGAUAGCUUUGCUCUCUGAAUUUGUUGUGGACACAAUUGAGGAUGCUUCCAUUUCUUGGGGGAUUCCCAUUAGCUUUCUUAGCACAAUUUUGCUUCCGAUAGUAGGGAAUGCAGCAGAACAUGCAAGCGCUGUCAUAUUUGGUUACAAGAACAAAUUGGACAUAGCUCUUGGAGUUACCUUGGGUUCUGCUACCCAAAUUUCAAUUUUUGUUGUUCCGUUAUGUGUGAUCAUUGCAUGGAUAAUGCAUAUCAAGAUGGACCUCAGUCUUAGCCUCUUGGAAACCAGUUGCUUUGCUAUCUCAGUACUCAUUACCGCCUUCACUUUGCAGGACGGAUCAUCACACUACCUGAAAGGAGGCGUUCUUCUGCUUGCCUACAUGAUUAUAGCAGCAAGUUUUCUGAUAUUUCCGUCUGCAACAGAUGAAGUAAAUCUCAUUGGAUCAGGACUUGAAUCAUCAGUUGGAUUUUCCGCGGCUUAAUUUAAUUAACUCUUAUGCUUCAUAUCGACAUCAUCCUUAUAAAUGUCUAUAAUUCUUUGAAAUUGGAUACAAAUUCAUGUGUAACAACUGAAUCUGAUUAUAUAAAUGUGGUUUUAUGGGUAAAGAUUAAAGGGAAUCAGCUAUAGUUUGAACUAUUUUGUGGAUAAAGGGUGAAGGAUUUGUUUAAGAUACAUAUAUACAUUACUAUUGCUACAAAAUACACAAAUUCUGCG